CCGAUGAACUUGGCGGUUUAGUUGAUAAUUAAUCAAAUUAAGCAGAAAUGCCCCCUAAAAAGCGCGAUAAAGACAAUGAAACUACAAAAAACUCCAAAAUUGACCACCUGCAAGCUGACCAUGAGCUGUUUUUGCAAGCAUUUGAGAAGCCAACACAAAUAUACAGAUUUCUGCGAACUCGUAACAUGCUAUCGCCGAUUUUCCUGAAUAGAACAUUGUCGUAUAUGAAGCGGCGGAUGUCUAGGAGCAAUAAAAGUCGCGUGGGGUUUAAGGUCAGCUCUUUGCUGGAGAAAAUCACCUUGAAAAAGAGCACAGAACUGCAGCCCAACAGUCUAGGAGGAUACAUGACUCUAACCUUCCUGGGCUUUUAUGACAAGAGCUUGGUGGAUCCUAGAGAUUACCAAGUGAAAGUAGAGACCUUGUUGCUCAAGAUAUGCCAUAAAAAAAGAAAAGAGAGCUCAUCUGAUGUUAUGGAAGUGUCUAUCGGCACCUGCUCACUGCCACUCAACCCCUCCACCUCAGAGCCCCCCACCAUGGCCUCUGCCGUCAGCAUCUCCAGCGUAACCUUCAGUCCCUCGCAAGGGCCCAACGUGAAGUCCUACAUGCUGAUGCUCAAAGUCACGGUCACAAGGAACUCGGGGAGCACUGCCAACGGUAGCACCAGCUCCACGGAAAUCAUGAACGGAGAUAGUGAAGAACCAGCCACAAAACGCCUAAAAUCAUCAGAACACAUCAACAACUCGUCCCCCGACAGCAAAUGGAGCAAGCUCUACGGCAGCGAGCUGAUAGUCUACGACAAACACAACCGCUGCCUGCUCACUAAUGGAGAGUAUGACCUGGUGUUGCACGAUGUGACUCCGGGCGGGCGGAGCACUACACUGGCCAGGUCUCCGCAUAAGGCUCUGAUGGCGCAAUGGGAGACUAUUCCUAAUGAAAACGACAUGCAAACCGACAUAAACCCGUUCGACAUCUUCAAAGUGCGUCCGCUCCUCAAGCUGAAGCUCAGCUGGAGUCAAGAGCCAACCAACGGGCUGGUGAACCGUCCCAAACUGUACCAGCAAGAGACCAAUGGGACUAAAAAGGAUACUGUCACUGCCAAGGAGCGACCUUCGGGGAGCCAACUGAAAAAUGGGAAUGAGGGGAAAAAUAGAGAUAAAUCCAAAUCAGAUUCGAGCGAAGAGAACAAACGUCAACAAAUCAUCUACCAAUUCCUAUACAACAACAACUCACGGCAACAGACGGAGGCCUGUGAUGACUUACACUGCCCGUGGUGUUCCCUAGACUGUGGAACUCUUUACUCGCUGCUCAAACAUUUGAAGCUCUGCCAUUCGAGAUUCAACUUUACAUACUUCCCAAUCCCCGGCGGCGCUCGCAUAGAUGUGUCCAUCAACGAACUGUACGACGGUUCGUACACUGGCUCCCCGCACGACCUCAUCGCAGCCCAAGGCCGCUCCGCCGCCGCCGGCCCCCGCGCCGGGCCCACACGCCGCACGAGUCUCACUAGGGUCCUUAUAUGGAGGCCUAGGGCUAGGCGACGCCCGCAGAGACAUAGCUUAGCGGAGUUUUUGGAGCUGGAUGAUAGUGAAUUGGUUGAAGCGCAGAGGCCGUAUCUCACUGGGCAUAAUCGCCUCUACCACCACACAAUCAGCUGCCUACCUGUUUACCCAAACGAACUCGACAUAGACUCAGAAAACGAGACGGACCCUCUCUGGCUCCAACAAAAGACUAUGAUGAUGAUCGACGAAUUUACCGACGUCAAUGAGGGGGAAAAGGAGCUCAUGAAGAUGUGGAACCUCCACGUCAUGAAAUACAACUACGUGGGCGACUGCCAAAUACCACUAGCCUGCCAAAUGUUCCUACAAAUGAAAGGAAAGGAACUCCUAGAAAAGAACUUGUACAGAAACUUUAUACUCCACAUGUGUUCGCUCCACGACUUCGGACUGCUAAGUCCGGUCGCUUACCAAACAGUGCAAAUGCUUAAUCAAAUGCUAGCUGACAACUCUGAAGCCAAAGAAAAAAUGAGGGAAUCCCUCAAAGCGCAGCGGGAACAUUGGAACGCUGUAGGCAAAUACCAGCAACCUGUAGUUAUUGAGCAAAAACCACAGAACAACACAGCUAAAUUAAAUAACGUUGAAGCAUCUCCAUCCGUUAGGAGAAAGACUUCUAAUCUUAAUAAUAGGAUUAAUACACCGAGCACUAGUUAUAAUAAAAACGCUCCGAGUACGUCGAACGGUGACACUAAGAGGAAAAUGUCGUCGGGCAGUAUUCAAAGCAGGAAGCGGUCGUCCAUAUCGGAGAGGAAGCGGUCGGUAUAGCGAAUACUGACUCGCUCGGGGAUGCGGUGACGCGUCGAGUCGAGGCUAAGUACAAUGUGAAUGGGAUUUUGCGAGAAGUUACUCUUAUUUCGACUGUCGUUAGCGUACAAAAGAUAUCGUUAUCAGUUUGUCUGAUUUGACGUAUGAUUUAUUUGUUAUUUUUCACCUGAAAAUGAUACUAAUCAUCAUUCACGUUUUUAGCUUAUAUAUUUCCAUGCUCAAGUUUGCGUACGUUUUUUUCGAUCGAAAAAAGAUCUCUAGAAGCACUUAAAUAUCAAAAGAGAUACUAUUUAGAGUUUUCUGAAAAGCACAAUAAAAUAACAAUGAAAAAGGG